CUCAACCCGAACCACACGCGACCACCUCAUUCGAGACGCAUAUCAACAGCCGUCGCCGGCCAUGGCUCGAUAUUUAUAUCACUGAGGCUUACGAGCUUCAGCAUGUCUUUCAACAAUGACUUCUAGCGCAACCACGACCCAGCUGGGUCGUCAAUUUUGGGGCUCGAUCCGUGAUUCCGUCACCAUCCUUACCGGGAGACUUUCUGGGCGCCCACCGCGGCCGAGUCAUGUGUCGGUGGCGCAAUUCCUUCAUAUAUCCCCGGAUCAAAGCCCGCGGCUCUUCCACUCCGCUCGUCGCUUUUUCCAGCCAUAUCCCUCCAGGCUCUCGCCGAAGAAUGUCCGCAAGAGCUGCACGUCAGGCGGCCUGCUCCUUCUCGGACUCAGCUCCAGUCCAUCCUCAACGGGUGCGGUUGUGACGACGUGCACGGCAGCGGCGGACUCAGCACUGGUGGGCAGCUCUGGGCAAAGGGCAAACCUGAGCCACAUGGCCCGUCAAAUGUGGCUGCAGAGCCGGCUAACUCGAAACGGCCGAGCGUGCGCUGGGAGGAAAGCCAGUAGUUCCAGCUCAAAAGGGGGUGGAGAGAGAGGCAAGGUGCCUGAUCCUAAGCAGGAACCCGAUGUCUCGCGGCAAGCUCCUGCAAGGCCGCCAGCUCCCGAAGCUUCCGAGGGGGAGUCACUGGCAAACUCCGUGUCCAAGUAUCUGCACCUUCCGAAGAUGCCGCAUCGCCCAACCAAGGAGGAACUGCUUGCUGCGGCCAGCGGGUUCGGUCAACGGUUGAAAGUGCGCUUCAAAUGGUUCUCCAUCAGGAGCAUGCGACCUUGGAACGCUGACGAAUGGGGGGCAUUCCUCUCCUGGUUCGUGUUUGGUCAUAUCGUAUGGAUUCUGGUGGGGACGACGACCUUUUUCUCCCUAAUAAUCUUGUUCAUCAACACCGUAUUUGCGCAAGAAACCCUUGCCAAAUGGAUCGGCGACUACCUGACACAGUCAGCUGGCCUUACCGUCGUCUUCGAAUCCGCAAUCGUUCCAAAGUGGAAGGACGGCGUCAUCACUCUACGCAAUGUCUUUGUGUCUCGAAGGCCAGGACAAGGCAGAUCUUCCGUGAAGAAGGGUUCUCCCAACGCCGCAGCUGAAGCCGCCGCCGCCAGGAAGGCAGGUCAGGAGCCAGCCGUUGCCGAGGAAGAAGAUGAUGGGAACUACACCCAAUUUGAUGUGACAAUCGAUACCGUCAACGUGACCCUGUCAUUCAUCAAGUGGUGGAAUGGCAAGGGCCUCCUCAAGGACGUCGAGGUCAAAGGCGUCCGUGGCGUAGUGGAUAGGACAUCGGUUCGCUGGAAUGGCGACGAUGUGGACCCUCUCUCGUACAGACACGAGCACAACCCGGGCGAUUUCGAGCUGGAUUACUUCAAACUGGAAGAUCUGUUGGUAACAGUCCACCAGCCAGGCGGCUUCCGCCCCUUCUCCGUCUCCAUCUUCUCCUGUGAACUUCCCCAGCUACGGAAGCAGUGGCUGUUUUACGACUUCCUUUCCGCUUCACAUAUGUCUGGUUCAUACGAUGGGUCUCUGUUUACGAUCCACCCGCGGCAGAUCCACGGUAUGUCGAAUGCCACCGCUCUGCGGCAGGACGUCUCUAGCGAGCCAUCACCUUGGAAAAAGUUUUCGCGACUACGGAUCGACGGACUCAAGAUCGACCACCUGAACCGCAAUGCUGAGGGCCCGUUUGGCUGGAUCUAUGAGGGGAACGUCGACAUAGUAGCCGAUGUCAUGUUCCCUGCCGAUCCUGAGGAAGGCAUCGGGAAGGUCGUCGCUGAGUUCUACGACAAAAUGGAGGAAGCUGUAACAAGCAACCGGUACCUCAAAAUCCUAGAGAGCUCCAACGGGCGCAACCGAAAACCCGAAAUUGACUACAUAGAUAACUCCACCUCCGGCGUCUUCUACAACCUCGACGACCCUAUCCCUUCGAACGAGGAAGCGCCCGUCACACUCACACCCUCGAGCAUAGCCGCCAGCGCCGCCUCUUCCUCCUAUUCACCAACACCACAAGAAACAGAACCCCCCUCAUACCUAGUAAUGGACAUGCGAAUCCACCUCAACGACGUGCGCGCCGCCGUCCCGCUCUUCAACAACCCGCACAUCAGCUACGUCAACCAGGCCCUAGUGCGGCCCAUCGUGGCCUACAUCAACGCCAAGCGCACUUACAUCCCCAUCAACUGCCGCAUCGUGAAGCGCGUGACCGACUUUGACGGGUCCUGGACGGUGUGGGACUGCGGACUCAUGGACGACACCAGUGCCGAGGUGUACGCUGCUUUUGCGCGCAACGUCGAGGACCAGCAGAGCAGGGUCCGGCGCUUCAAGAGGGUCGGUUUGUGGACCGUCAGUCUGGUGGUUCAUGCGCUUCUGGCUGGUGUGGCCGGGGAUUUGAUGUGAUGUUUUCUUCAGUGUGUCGCUUCCCUACUCUGGCGUGUUGGGUAUUAUGAUGCUGUUCAUGUUGUACGAAGAAGGGAUGAUAAACAAAACAAAGAAGGGAGAGCGAAAUGAGAUUUCGUUUUGGACGGUGUGAGUGGUUUAGUCGGUUGCAUGGGAGGAGCAAAACGGCGUUGGUCUGGUUUGGCAUGCACGCAGCUUCUCACGACGAAGUAAGCAAGCCCUUUCCCUCCCGUCAGGGCGUGGGGUGGGCAACAGAUCUGAUACCCCGUACUUGUACCAAUAUAUGAUGAGCUCUAUAUGAUAAUCAGCAAUACCGACUCAUAUCGGCUUAGGAG